AUGUGCCCUCCACACCUGCCAGCCCUCACGCAGCACGUGCCACCCACACCUGCCAGCCCUCCCGCAGCACGUGCCUCCAUCACCUGCCAGCACUCCCAGCACGUGCCACCCACACCUGACAGCCCUCCAUUAACAAGUACCACCUAUACCCGCCAGCCUCCUCGCAUGUGCCGACACCUGCCAGCCCUCCCGCAACAUAAGCACCCACACCUGUCAGCCUCCCAACAGCAACCCACACCUGACAGCGAUCCAUUAACAUGGAGAGCCACCUGCCGGCCGUCGCGAACACGUGCCACCCACACCUGCAGCCCUCCCACAACAUGUGCCACCCACACCUGCCAGCACUCCCGCAGCACGUGCCAUCCACACCUGCCAGCCCUCCCGCAGUACGUGCCACCUCCACCCUGCCCGCCCUCACUACAACACGUGCCACCCACACCUGCCAGCCUCCACAAACGCCAACCACACACCUGCCAGCCCCUGACAAUACCUGCCACCCACACCUGCCAGCCCCGCGACAUGUGCCACCUACACCUGCCAGCCCUCCCGCAACAUGUGCCACCCACACCUGCCAGCCCUCCCUGUAACACGUGCCACCCACACCUGCCAGCCUUCCUCCCGCAACAUGUGCCAGCCACACCUGCCAGCCCUCCCGCAACACGUGCCAGCGACACCUGCCAGCCCUACGGCAACAUGUGCCAGCCACACCUGCAGCCUCCGCAACAUGUGCCAGCCACCAUGUAG